AUGGCAGCAUCACGUGAGCGCCGUAACAAUGCUGGGGCAAAGAUGUCCCAGCUGCUGGAUGAAGAAGAAGAAGACGAUUUUUACAAGACCACAUAUGGAGGUUUUAGUGAAGAAGCAGAUGAUGUGGACUACCAGUCAGAAGUUGAACAGGAUGAUGAGGUGGACUCUGACUUCAGCAUAGAUGAAAAUGAUGAGCCAGUUUCUGAUCAGGAAGAAGACAAUAAGGAAGGCAAGAAGAAACGAGGCAGACUGAUAACCAAAGCAUAUAAGGAUAGAAAAGACAUCAAGAUCACAGAGGAAGAAAUUAAGACGCACCUUGUAGAGACGGUAAAGAAGAACGAAUUCAAAUCCCACCAAGGGCAACAUACAAAGAAUAUUGUUAAUUUGGCUGACGUAAACAAGAACAUACUCAUUUUGGGAUACGCAGAAAAAGUUAUAGAAGAUGGAACUGAACGAUACAACGAGGGCAAGAAAUUGACUAAUAUAAUAGACCAUACCAGGUGCCCAAAAGCUUUCAAUAGGAUUAAAGCUUUGCAUUAUGUCAAGGUGCACCAUCCUGCAUAA